GAUCAGGCGCCAGCAUGGAGGACGCUGACGGCUCCCUCGGUGUCCGGCUCAUCGAGAGGGCUGCACCGUCCGGGCUCGUCAGCAUACAGGCGGUGGCCGCUUCGGAAGGCGACAGGAAGAAGGAGCAGGAGAAACUCUCCGGUGUAGUGAAGAAUGUCCACAGGAAACUGCGCAAGAAAUAUCGAGAAGUGGGAGACUUUGACAAGAUCUGGCGUGAACACUGUGAAGAUGAAGAGACUUUAAGUGAAUAUGCAGUUGCAAUGAAGAAUUUGGCAGAUAAUCAUUGGGCCAAAAGCUGUGAGGGUGAAGGACGGAUUGAGUGGUGUCGAAGUGUUUGUCAAGAAUAUUUUCUGAAUGGUGGAAUGAAGAGGGUACUUGAAAAAGAUGAGAAAAGGGCCAGGCUUGCUAUUGCCAUGGCUACUCCAACCUUCAAUGUACAAGCAUCUGAAAAGAAAGAUGAUUAUUCUGCAUCGAAUGGUAUAUUAAUGAAUCUGGAUGCUUCCAUCUCAAAUUUGGUAUGUUUUUCAGGAAAGAUCAGAUUACUGGAUGUUGGAAGCUGCUUUAAUCCAUUUUUGAAGUUUGAUGAAUUUCUAGCUGUUGGCAUUGACAUUGUGCCUGCAGUGGAGAGUGUAUACAAAUGUGACUUCCUCAAUCUUCAGCUGCAACAGCCCCUCCAGCUUGCUCAAGAUGCAAUAAAUGCUUUUCUCAGGCAGCUAAAAAAUCCCAUUGACUCUCUUCCGGGAGAGCUGUUUCAUGUUGUUGUUUUUUCACUUUUGCUGUCUUACUUUCCUGCCCCUUACCAACGUUGGAUCUGCUGUAAAAAAGCCCAUGAACUUCUAGCACUCCAUGGUCUGCUCCUAAUUAUCACCCCUGAUUCUUCUCAUCAAAACCGUCAUGCUUAUAUGAUUAAGAGCUGGAAAACUGCCAUUGAAUCUUUAGGAUUCAAAAGGUACAAAUAUGUGAAGUUCUCCCACAUGCAUCUCCUAGCUUUUCGAAAAAUUUCUCUGCAGACGACAAGUGACCUAGUCAGCAGAAAUUACCCAGAGAUGCUAUUUAUUCCACAGGAUUUCAAUAACAUAGAUGAAGAGGAACACUCAGAUGCCAGUCGCCAAGAUAGAUCAGAAAUGGAAGAUGACCAGAUAGCUUACAGUUUUUUGGAGCUACCUGAUGCCCCCUAUGAUUCAGACUCUGGAGAGAGCCAAGCCAGCUCUAUUCCAUUCCAUGAAAUAGAUGAACCAGUUUUACUUUUAAGCUAACCUAGAACUUCUAGUUAUUUGCUACCAGAGCUGCUGUGUUGCCAAAAUAAUUCUGCUGCAUUAUGUAACUCGUAUUGUAUACAAAAUAUGCAGUACAGUUUGCACAUAGAAAAUGUGAAAAGUUUACAAAGUGGAAUACUCUUUCUAUAUCUGUUAGAAGAUGGAAGUGUUUGAGGGGUACAUCCACCUGGUAAUGUACUUCACAAGCAACAACAUCAGUGUAAAUCAAAAUGAAGCUGACUACCUAAAUGUCAAAUUAAAUGCCUGAUACUGUAGUAUCAUCUUAUCAGCUUUGUGAAUUGGAAAUUACCCUAGUACUUUAAAUUCAAAGGUUUUACAAGUGACCAUGCCAUUCUAUUGAUUAC